AUACACGCCCUUUCAUAAUGCAGCAUGGGGAAAAGAAGGUAACAAAAUGAAGGCUUUGCAGCGGAAUACGGUCUUAACAUCGAAGUAGAUCAAACGAUUUGCGUUGGUUCACGGAUGGUGAUGCAUAAUGCCGAUAGUUGACAAGCUCAAAGAGGCCCUGAAGCCGGGUCGCAAGGACUCCAGCGAUGAAGGUGACCUCAACAAGUUGCUGGCUUUGUCCGCCAAGAAAGUGCUGCUGCAGAAGAUCGAGUUUGAACCAGCCAGCAAAGGAUUCAGCUACCAGCUGGAGACCCUUAAGACAAAAUACGUGAUCUUGAAUCCCAAGAAUGAUGGGGCAGCAGCACAUAGACCACUUGAGCCCGCUCAGAUUAAGAGACAAAUCUUGGAGAACCUGAGCAUUGGGCAGAGUGAUGGGAUCCCUGCUCCGCAGAAGAUGCUCUUCCCUGGGAACAAGCUCUCCAUGAAGUGGGAGCGGAUGUAUCGGGUUGGAGCCGGACUCCACAACCUGGGCAACACCUGCUUCCUCAACUCCACUGUGCAGUGUCUCACCUACACCCCACCACUGGCCAACUACCUCCUGUCGAAGGAGCACAGCCGAUCCUGUCACCAGUCUGGAUUCUGCAUGAUUUGUGUAAUGCAGAACCAUAUCAUCCAAGCAUUUGCCAACACGGGCAAUGCCAUAAAACCUGUAUCUUUCAUCCGAGACCUGAAAAAAAUUGCUCGCCAUUUCCGGUUUGGGAGCCAAGAGGAUGCUCACGAGUUUUUGCGCUACACCAUUGAUGCCAUGCAGAAAGCUUGUCUAAAUGGAUAUCCAAAACUAGACAGGCAGACACAGGCCACCACACUCGUCCACCAGAUUUUUGGGGGUUAUUUAAGGUCACGAGUGAAGUGCUCCAUUUGUAAAAGUGUGUCAGAUACGUAUGAUCCAAACCUAGACAUCGCUCUAGAGAUUCGGCAAGCAGCUAACAUUGUCCGCGCUCUGGAGCUGUUUAUCAAGCCUGACUUUUUGAGUGGCGAGAAUGCCUACAUGUGUGCCAAAUGCAAGAAAAAGGUUCCAGCAACUAAGCGGUUCUCAAUUCACCGAACAUCAAAUGUGCUGACUCUGUCACUUAAACGCUUCGCCAACUUCAGUGGAGGAAAAAUUACCAAGGAUGUUGGCUACCCAGAAUUCCUGAACAUUCGGCCAUACAUGUCGCAGAGCACUGGAGAUCCUGUGAUGUAUGGCCUCUAUGCUGUCCUUGUGCACUCAGGGUACAGCUGCCAUGCUGGACAUUACUACUGCUACGUCAAGGCCAGUAAUGGACUGUGGUAUCAGAUGAACGACUCCAUGGUGCACUCCAGUAACAUCAAAGUUGUCCUUAAUCAGCAGGCUUACGUCCUCUUUUACCUGAGGAUUCCAGAGAAGAAGAAUACCGAUGCUUUAAAUACAAAACAAAACAUUGUGCAUUCUGGGAGGUCUAAUAUAACCCCAGAGCAGCUGAAGAAGAGCACACUCAAUGGGCCGCCGUCUUCACCACAGGUUACGAAGAGGCUUGAUCCAGCUCAGCUGAGGAAGAUCCAGUCUGUAGAUGGUGGUCUUGGUAUUCCAGUAGCCAGAAAUUGUUUAGGGCUCCAGUCGCCCAAGAUGUCUAACGGUACGGCGGCCUCCCAUGUGCUGCCCAAGCCGUCCGGUGGCCCCACACUGAUCGAGGAGCCCUUUAAGAAGGUUAAGAAGCCCAUACCUCAGCCUCUGUCUCGUAGCAGCACCCCUGCUCCACCCAAUGGCCUCGCCAAACCAGACACUGACAAGAGGAGCAGCAGCGAGGCCCGCGGCCUGCCUUCAUCUACCUCACUCAAAUCUCUCUCGGACUCCUCCUCAGCAGACACCUCCUCUGACUCAAAAGAGUCGAUUGGCACAAGGAGCGCACCUGUCGGUGAUGUGUCGGGUGUGAGCGGUCCUGCAUCUCCUGCUAAGAGCACAGAGCGUGUGAACGCAGAGGAGCAGAAGAUGGUAAAGCUCAAACUGCAGGCACUCAUCAACAUCACAUCAGAGCGCAUAAGCACCAUGUCCCCCCCGCCCGCCAAACGACUUGCUCUCUCCGCCAAGAAGGCCAGCCCCCGGCAGAGCCCGAGCAGCAGCACUGAAGCUCUUCAUCUGUCCAGUGACCCCACACACCCUCUCAGCCUGGCCUCGCCCCACAUGCAACACAGAGUUUCAGCUCAUUCGCUCAACCUGCAGUUUCCAUCUUCAACUCAUGUCUUUAAAGAUUCAAGUCCCCUCAAACGACCCUCCUGCACCCUGGAGCCCCCCGCCCAUUCUCGCUCUGCAAAGACCAAUGGCAUUCAGCCCCAGACGCCCACUACACUUCAACCAAUCCAGAGUCAAAACCUUUUAGCCUCAGCUACAGGAUUCAGCCAGGGACUCGUUAGUCCUACAUUUAAAAAGAAAAAGAAGAAAAAGAAACAAAAGCGAAAACAUUGUGAUAUAGAGCAGGAAGCUCCUGAAUCUUCACCCCCAGAAGAACCAAAGCAAAACAGUGAAGACAAGAAGAAGAAGAAGAAGAAGAAGCGGAAGAGAGAAGUGGAAGCCAGUGGUCUUGAGGGACAAUGGGAGAGUGUGAGGUCCCAUCUCGAGCCUCAUCCAGAUGAGGAUUGGCAUCUUGGAGAAACGUGGAGCAUUGUCCCUGCAGCCGAGGGAAACGCUGAAUCAGAGUCAUCUAAAACGCCGGAAAGUGCUCUGUCAGCACCUCUGGCCGGACCGCCAGCAAUGGACCACAUCCUGAAGAAAAGGAAAAAGAAGCACAAAUUAAUGGAACAUCUGGAAGAGUUCAGAAAUGGAGCCACAGUUUCCAAGUGUGCUGUUUUAAAAGAGGUUGGUGAGGCAAACACGAAGAAUGUGGGUCUUGAAGAGACAAAGAAGAAAAAGAGAAAACACGAAGACUUGAGAGUAAAGGAGAAAAAACACCGUUAUGAACAAGCACCUCAUGUGGACCUUCAAGAGACCAAUGGAGAAUGCAGUCACAUGCGCAAUGUGGACAUGCAGAGACCUAGUAAAGCAAACACCGCUACUGUGAUCGUUUGGGACAGUCAAGUUCAGGAUGGCUUUAAGUGCAACCAGAACAAUGACGACCCAGAGGGCGUGUCAAGGAAAGGCUCUGCCCCUCUGGGCUGGGAUGGCAAGAAAAACUGUGAUGUGGUUCAGGAGCUCCUCAAGAACUCAUCUGAUAAAGCUUAUGGAACUGCAGUGCUCAGUUGGGAAGGAGAUCAGUCGGCCGUCAGCAGAGAUGCCAUAGAAGACACCCGUUAUGCCAAAAACAAUACUGUCAUUGAUGAGUGGGACGAGGAGUUUGACAGUGGAAAAGUGAAGAAAAUGAAAAAAUACAAAAAGGAGAAGAGGAGAAAUGGGAAUGUCUUCCAGAAGAUCCAAGAGCAUCGUAACAUGUGGUCAGUGACGCCGGGCGGCAGGCGUAGCAGUUUGGGAUAUCGACACUGAAAGUUUUGAAAUGAGGAUCCUGUUUGUGUUCCCUGACCAGACCAGUUGCCUUAAUGGAUCAGAAGCUGUACAAUCUGUCCGGUUCUUCCUCUGAAGUCCUCCCAGAAUGCAGCAGUACUGUGAAAUAAUUAAAGCAAUGAGGCUGAGGUUAUCUCCUGAGGCUUAGUCACUGUCUGAAAUCCAAGUCCAAAAUGUACACUGCUAAUGGAACCCAUUAUGAUCUUCAGAUCAUAGUAAAUGGGGCAAACUGUAAUGCUAACAGCCUGUUAACCUUAGGUGCUGAUUACUAUAAGAAUAAUCCAGAUCACCAAUGUCUACCAGGGCUGGUUUUAUCUAGACAAGAUGUCUGUUAGACUUUAGAGAUUGGUAAUUUUGUGGGCAUUGGGGCUUUUAUGGCCUACACUUUCUAAAGAUGUGGAUCUUUUUUUUUUUCCUAUGAAGUUAUUUCUAGUUUUACAAAGCCCCUCCCUCCAAUGGUUUUAAGCAUAAUUUUCUUUAUCAACCAAUGUAACAUCAAGGUUCUAAUUACGGAACUUUUGCUCACCAAGUUAUUUAGCUUUUUCAUAUUUGAGCCAAAUUAUUCCUAAUAAUAUUAUGCAAUUAUUUGCCUGUAUGGACGACAUAUUUGUCUUUUUAUUUGUCACAGCCCUGGCAUCUUGCAUCGCAAUAUACUGCCUAUGAUUUAACUUUUUUGUGUCUUGCCUUGCCCAUCUCACUCUUCGCUUUGUUCACUUUGUCGAAUAAGAAUAUAUUCGAUUAUAUAACAGUUUAUUAAGGGAAAUGAUUCUCUUGACAAUUUCUGAUGUCUAGAUAACUCUUCAGAUUCUCAAUGUCAUUUUCAGUCAGAUAACAUGUUCUUUUUGCAUAAAACAAUGCAAUGCAUUUCAUCCAUGAAAGCUUUAAAAAAAAAACAAAAAAAAACAUGGGCCUUAUCAAACCACUGUUUUUGCCAGGAGGGCUUAAUUACGUCAUAAUUGGACUGUCCCCUUGUAAGCAGGACGUAACGUGUUUAAGUAUGUCACACCCUGUAUCUCUUUUCUACUUUCUAUGCAACUUCAGCAGUCCCAUGGAUGCUCUUCAAAGGGUUGAAUCCAGGGAGAACUCUCUGAAUGCUGUCUCUGUAAACUGUCAUCACUCUGUCGUUCACAUUGAACUAUUAUACAUUGGGUCAAAUCUGCAUUGCAUACUUACCCACGUAUUAACUAAUAGGUGGAAACCAGGGUUGAUGUUUUCCUAUUUAAAACAUUGUACAGUGUACUCUCUGUGACCCCCCAAUCAUUCUUGUUGUUGAAGAUCAGUCUUACCAUGAAUCUGUCUGUUUUAGAAAAGUUGCCUUGGUUUCAUAAAAAAAACAAAAAAGAAUAGAACAUAUUGAAAAUUACACUUACAAAAACAUGUUAAACUGCACAUUACUAAAAGGAAUCCUAAUGUAUUUAAGGUUUGUUGAACUGUAAAUGGAAAAUGUAUUAACCAAUAGAUUGUGUUUUGAAAGACUGCUCAGAAGUCUUGUUCAGGACCCAAAUUCAGUGGGUGAGAAUGUGACAAAGACUUCGCUAUAUGUUCUGUAGAAUGUCAGUAUUCUCUUAGAAAUUCACUUGAGAUUGAAAUCUGAAGAACACACCGGUGUCUUUAUCAUAUUUGAAUUGAUGGUUCUGUACCUAAUGCCUUUUCUGACGAGAGAAGUCAUUCAGUAUUGCAAGUACAUAAAAAUAAAUAUACAGGUGCAAUAAAGUUGUGACUUUUGUGAAA